CAACAACAACAACAACAACAAAUAUGGUAUCAACAACAACAACAAUUACAAGCGAGCUAUUAUCAACUUCAAUACCUUCAGCAACAACAAAUGAUGUCCAUGAUGAUGCGCUAUAGAAGUCAUUCAAGUAGCCAUAGCAACACGAGUAGCAGGCGAUCGUCUACUAUCUCUUCUGUCAGCAGUAACCAUAGUAGCGGCAGUCAUAAGCCUAGCCAUCAACGUUCUUCUUUACUCUUACAUCAACAACAACAACAACAUUUCUCAUCCAAAUCAUCCAUAAGCUCUGAUAAAUCCACCAAGAGUGAUACAUUGAGCCAAGUACCGAAAAGAAGACAAUCCCUUGGUAAACGAAUCAAAAAAGCCCUUCGUAUGAGCACAGGCACUGCUAUUCAGGAAGAGGAAGAAAUGGACUCUUCUCAUAAAAAGAAACUACCUGAUUCACCCAACUCGAAUAUCUCAAGACCGACUCGCCAUCAUCGACACCCACCUUCUUUUGAUUUGCCAUCACCUGCAUUAUCUACUGUAUCAACAAUUUCAUCCUCUACUACUACUUUUACAAAAAAAUCGCUGUCCUUUAAUCCAGUCAUUAAGCUCCAUGAGACAUUUUCAGCUUUUGAAUAUGACAGACGAUGUGACACGAGUGUAACCUGUCAAAAAUUAACCCCUGUUCUUGCCCUUCAGAUUAAGGAAGAAUUGAAUCAUUUCAAAUUGAACGAUAUGCUUGUUCAUACGGAUAGUCGGCAGAACACUCAUUUCUUUAUCUAGCUCACAUAAUAUACAUGCAUCUUAAUAAACUAUUGUCCC